AGCUACACAAAUGUCAGGAAGGAAACGACUGCUUUGUAGAGCUGGGUUAACUUUGGGAAUACCUUGACUAAAAUAAGCCACAUUAAAGGCCAUAAACCACUAACCUCAUGGUUUUACCCUGUGUGGUUUUAAUGGGAAAUGGGCCUGAGCCACUCUAAGGCUUAUCCGAGGGUAACCAAAGUAGCACCUUUGCAAGACAAAGAGGAAGAGACUCCCUCCGCAGGCCUGGUGGACUUUGCCUUCACUCAGAAUCUGGAAGAAAAGAGUUCAUGUUCAUUCACAAGACUGCAGGACCGCAAUAAAGCUUUGGAAGGGCAGCUGCCACCUCUACGAGAGACGUGGUAUGGAAGAUAUUCUGCAGUCCUUCAUGUGCCCAGGGCCAUGUAUUUUGACAUCCCACUGGAACAGGGAGAAACAAGUAUUAUUAAAAGGCAUCCACCUCGAAGACUCCAAAAGCUUGAACCCAUUGACCUGCCACAAGUAAUGACUUCUGAAAGACUCCUGAGCCAGCAAGAAGCUGCGAGGACUCAAAAGGCAAAGCAGGAACUGGAAAAGAAAAUGCAAAUUCCCAUGUACCCUUCUGGGAAAAGACAAUAUUUACAUAAGAUGCAAAUGCUGGAAAUGAACCACAAAAGACAAGAGGUCCAAGUGGAACUGAAGAAAAGUCUUCACAAGGAGGCAAAAAUUAAUAAGCAGAGACAGAGGGACCACAAAACCAAGAAAAUCCUUCAAAGCAUCCCAAGAAAUGAUGACGGUGACUCUCUAAUCUCGUUGCCUGAUGAAACCUUGAACAGAAGUCCAGGAAAUUCACAAAAUGCAGAAUUUUUGGAACAUCAACCAAGGAAUGACUAUUGUCCCCGGAAAACUGGCAAAAUGGAAACAUGGCUCCAUGAACAAGAGGCUCGGGGACAGCUUCUCUGGGACAGUUCCAGCUCUGACUCAGAUGAGUUGGGGAAAUUUGAAAAGAAACCACGAGCAUUGCUUUUUGUUUUUGGAGGAGACUACUACUACACUGGAGAGGAGGGCCAUUCUUCAUCGAUUUUGAGGAUUCCAGGUUACUGUACUGAGAGUGAAUGGAAGAUGACUCUUAAAGGAAUCACCUAUGAAAUAGUUUUGUAAACAAGGAGAUAAUCAUUUCUGCUUGCACAGAGCCUUUAAAAAACAGAAAACAAAACACCAGCUCUUUAUGCCACUUCCCUUCUUACCAGAGAAGCAAACUGAUCAUCAAAUCAUAAUUAAAGUCAACUAUUUCCUGCCUCAAAUGAACAACAAAAGCAUAUUUCCACAUAUUACUGCAAAACCUCCCUAAUUUAGAAUACUAUAGGGAGGGCUGGAGAGAAAAUAUGCUAAGAGGUAGAUUAGGGAAGUUUAGACCAUGAAAAAUCUGAAUUACAUUUCAUUUUUCAAAGAAAUACUAUUAUGCUCUU